GAUUCUGACGCGCUUUUGACAUAUCACAUAAGUGAAAUUUCCUCAAAGCAAUCAAAAUAAAGAAAAUAGCCAAUCAAAAACAUAUGCCAACCAGAGUGGGCUCUGCAUGACAGGACCUUGUUGCAAGCUGAAGAGAAGCAUGCUGCUUGGUACAUACAGUUACCUUAGCCAUUUGCGUAUUAUGUUAUAAGAUGGUGUGCAGCAGUGAUGAUGGCGAUCUGGAGCAGUACGCGUCUAGCGUCGCCCACUUCUCGUCCCAGUACGGUGGAGAGGGCACCAUCUCCUACACCGUGCCAAACAUCAUCGGGCCGCCGUCACAACCGGGGGUCGAGGGCGACUUCGCCAGCUCGGCAGUGCUGGCCACGUAUGGGACCUGGUGGGAUGAUUGUCCGUCGGGACGUCGGCAGUUCAGCACCAGCGCACCUCUGGAUGUGCCAGCGCGAGACUUUAUCGACGUCGGCUUCGACACGGCGGUGUACGUGCUGUCGGUACGAGUGUUCGAGUGCUACCAUCCGGGUGGCGUGUGCCGGCUCUGGGCACGCUGGGAGGAGCCGGACGGGCCGCGCUGGACCCUCCUCUGGCGCCGCCGGCCCGGAGCGCAGCCUGAGGACCACCGACAGCCCUUCAGCCCGCCGCUGAAGAUACUCCGGAGACCCGUCAGGCAGCUGCGUCUGGAGCUGAACUGUGACCACCUGGGUUACUACACGGGUCUGGACGCCGUGCAGCUGGUGGGCUGUGUGCGCCCGCCGUCCCCCGCCCGCCUGCUGCGCGGCCGGCCGCUGCGGCCUCUCUCGGCGCGGCUCUUCGCUCUGAUGCCGACUGUUCUUCAGCCGGAGGAGCUGCAGGACAGAGUGCGCGAGCUGGCAGAGCUUGGGAGGAAGGCAGAGGAGGAGGAGCGGCGUCAGAGGAGGGAGUGCCCGACGCCGGACUCGGCCCUGCUGCAGCUGCCGGAGGAGAUCAUCUGUCGGGUGCUGUCGUGCCUGGACCUGGUGAGCCUGAGCCGUCUGUCGCUAACCUGCCGACAUCUGCACCGGCUCUGCUCCGACCCGCUGCUCUACUCACAACUGGACCUGCAGCCGUACUGGCACCUGGUCGACACGUCCAUCGUACCGUUCCUGACCAGCCGCGCCUCCUGCCUCACCAAACUGGACCUCUCCUGGUGCGGAAACUACGGGGCGCUCAGCGACGCAGACUUCUGCAACCUGCUGUCGGAGCUGGGCUCUCGGCUCGUCAGUCUCCGGGUGGACGCCUGUGACUGGUUCAACGGACUCUGCAUGGAGUGGACGGGCCUCUUCUGCCGCGGACUCGAAGAGCUGAGUCUGCGCAGCUGCCGGGCGGUGGUGGAUGACGCCUUCUGGAGUCUGCAGUACCUGUGUAACCUGCGCCGCGUGGAUCUGUACCGCACCCAGGUGACUGCCGCUCCGCUGGCCACCUUCAUCCGAAACGCCACCGGACUGCAGCACCUCGGCCUGGGUUUGUGUGAGCGUCUACAGCGGCUGUGGCACGUGUGCGAGGCGCUGGGCGAGUGCAGCGCCGACCUGCGCUCCUUGGUGCUGUGGAAACAGCGCGAGCUGAGCUGGGCCGAGCUGCGACACAUCCAGAGCUGCCGCCGACUGGAGGAGCUCGACCUCGGCUGGUGCCGAGCGGCAGUGCAGGAAGGGGAGUUACCGUUUCUCAGGAAUAUAUCUCCAUUCUUCCCGAAUCUCAAGAAGCUCUUCUUGACCUCACUCAGGAUGAUCCAGGACGGGGACCUACAGCUGAUCGCCGAGCACAACCGUCAGAUGCAGCAGCUGGACAUCCUCGGCGCCAGCCUGGUCCGCCCGGAGGCCGUCGAAAGCGUGCUGUCGCGGUGCCCAGACCUGCGUCUGCUGGACGUCAGUUUCUGCGCCCAGGUCUCGGAGGCCCAGGUGGCACUGUGGCGGCACCUGUACCCCCACUGCUCCAUCAAACGCUCCUACCGGCCCGCCUAGCGGGAGUUUUCAUCCAGCGUUCAGAGGUCGCAGAUGCUGUGCUGUGCCCCGUGGUGGAGACCCCACACUCCACAGGUCAGCAUAGACGCUCUGUGAAACUUCUCAGGAAGGUUGUGCCCAAAAGUACCAUUGAAUGUUCCUGAAGAACACUUACACCAACGUUUACCUCAUCGUUCUGAUGAUCUUGUGAUAUUGAUAUUCGAAUGGAUAUCGUGGAUACCCAGUGAUAGUCUAUUUUAAAAUAUCAAUGACAGCGUUUAUGGUUAAUUACAGAAUAUGAUGGUUACAGCGUGCAGUGAUAGCACCAUAACAUUAUUUUGUGAUGUGUGCCUGUGCAGUGUGUGUUUUUCGAAAUGGGUUUCAGUCCAACAGACAUCGUUUUCACGCACUUUGUACUCUCAACGCCUGAUCUCGCGAUACAGUAUCUCACCACGCAUAGCUAUAGUGAUGAGAUAACACUUUUAUUACUGUUGAGCUGGUGAAUUGACCAGGUUGGUGUGGAUAUUGCUGCACUUGAGGGAUAGCACGGAGGGCGCAAAGGUCGUGUGACGAGAGCGUGUAUUGCUGGUAGCGCUGGGUGCUUGUUUUUUGCCCGGUAUCGGUGUGUCACAAGGAUAUUAUGCUCUCAAGAACCGUCUCUUGGGUGCAAAAACUGCAUCGAUUGGAAGCAAAAACUAGUCGUACUUGAGAUGUGAUGGAGGAAUCGUUAAAAUUGUCUGCGAUAUAUGAAUUAUUUUUAACCUGUACUUGUGAGCCGACUACUCUGACGGCGGUUUUCGCAUCGUUUUCUCAUCGCGAUGGUCAACGGGUGGCGAUUAUCAUACCUGUGAUAGCUCUGAGCGUGUGUUGUCGCCCGGUUUCCCACGCGGCGGGCCCUGUAUCGACAAUAUCGUCUUAGCCGGAGCCUCUAGCCGAUCAAUCACCUAAGACACGCAUGCAAUAAUAAAGUGCUGCAGUACCUACGCAUUCA